CGCUUUCCAAAUAAGGCUCUAAAAAUGAUGACGUAUCAGGAGGCGGACAUUACGCGUGCGCAUUUUUACGCAAUUCCCUUACAAGCGUCACGUUGCGUGAAGACGAGUGCGAUCAGAAUCCUAUAAUUUCGAAUAAACUAAAUCCUAAAAUUCAAUAUGCCGGAGGUUGAAAUCAAGGCUGGAGACCCAACGAAGGGCGCCGCCAUCUUUAAGCAGAAGUGCACCCAAUGCCACGUCAUAGACAGCACAGGCAAGCACAAGCAAGGGCCCAAUCUAAUGGGACUGUGGGGCCGACGGACGGGGCAGGCGCCAGGAUUCAGCUACACAGACGCAAAUAAGAACAAAGGUGUGACUUGGGAGAAAGCUACGCUAUUCACGUACCUCGAGAACCCCAAGAAAUACAUCCCCGGCACCAAGAUGGUGUUUGCCGGACUCAAGAAGAAGAAGGAACGGGAGGACCUGAUAACCUACCUGGAGGCGGCCACGCAGGGGAAGAUGUAACGCAGGCUCCAAUGCACACUCUCAUUAACCUUUGACCUCGGUAGUGUAAGACAAAAAUGCUGCCAAUGUUUGUUUGUUUUUACAAAUCUUUCUGUUAAUCACACAUUCUGGAUUAUGGUUAAAUCACAAAUACCUUUUGUUUUCAAACACAGUAUUGCAAAUAACUACGUUUCGUAAUCUGAUUUUUUUUUUAUAUAGGGACAAAACACUGAUUAUAGGUUCAUUUGCAUUUUACUGUUAAAAUGUCCAUUUUAAGAACUGAAUGAUCCGGACUUCCAUGAUAUCAUUUCUGCUCAUGUGCUAAUUGUUUUUUACUUGCUUUUUGGCAUGUUGUCAAAGCAAAGGUGAUGGGUUUUUUUUCCUUUGUGUGCUCUUUGUAACGUCAUAUUUUGCAGGCAAAGUUGCGUACAUGGCAAGUGUGUAAAAUAUCAGAGAAUUGUACAAUAUCAUAAAUUUGCAAGUAUUAUUUGUGGCACAAACCAAAUACAUGUAUAUAUUCUUAUUAAUAUUUCGCUGAGUGACUUACCAUACACGCUAAGUAAUCAUUUCAACGGUGCAUUAAAGAAGCUCGUGUGAAUUUAACUUUUGGCUAUUAUAUAGUUGGGUUAAAGUGUAAAGUACGUUGGUGACCAGUGAAAUUCACGGAUGUUUUGUGAAGGAUAAACUUGGCUGGUAUCCACCACUCAAUCCACAACGAUCCUUGAAAGCUACUUUCUUACUUGAUGGAUUGUGUCCAGUUGGUGAUGUGUACGUCCAGGGAUCAUGUCAGUAAACUACCCAGAAUGCCUUGCAUUUCCUUCACAACAUAUUCUGCUAACGAGAUGAGUUGUCACGUGUCUUUUCGAUAGCGUGGAUGGUUUUGGGCCAACAUACACAUAUUUGCAUGCGAACAGGUCGAGUCCCAAAUUACAGACAUAUUAUUAGAUUCAAACUUGCCAGAUGAUUUUUGUUUCUUUCCAAAUCGUUAGGGCAGAUGUUUUUGUCUUAAAUUAUCAGAGGUCAAACCAACAAAAAUUAAAAUGCAUUUUUUCCCCCGAGUGAUUAUACCGAUUUCCCGAGGAGUUUUGACAAUAUGAACCGCCCAUAACGUUUCAAUUCCCUGUACUGUAGAUUUCCCGAUAGCAAUAUGGUGCAGUGGAUCUAGCCGCUUAAUUGACAACAGUGUUGAGUGGUUUUUAAUACUAAAAUAUAGGUUUUUCUAAAAACAUUUACAUAUUGUGUGUUGUGGGGUUGUAGAUGUACAUAAGAAAGGAGAGUUGUCUGUGAAUUCUUGUUAGUUUAGUUUCACAACAUUUUAAGCAAGUUCAGACUUUUCAUCAAUUUGUUUAAUAGUACAUUUAUAUUCAUGCCAUGGAGCUACAUGUAUACCCAUAGUUUUGAAGCGAUCCAACUUCAAAUGGAUAAACGAACAAUUCCUAAAUGCAAGAAAAGAAGUUGAAUGGAUUUCACACAAUACAUAAUUCACUUAUUUUUUUCUGCAGUGAUUUUGAUGAUUUUUUUUCUUUUGCGUGUAACUGUUGUAACUAUUUUAAAUAUGUAAAUGGCAAAGCCCCAAUUAUGUCCGUCUGUGUGGCUUCAUUAUUUAUUGUUUUAUGUCAUUUGUUUUUAAAACUGAACGAACACUUCCACUGGUCAAUUUUCUUUUCAUGUAUUUUCCCCCUUUGUUUGAUUUCGUUGACUUUUGAUUUUGAAUAAAAAUUGUGUUGAUUGACUCCA